AGGCGUUGGUGCCGCAGAAGCGAGGCGGCGGCUGCGGAGGAAGGAGGCGUCAUGUCGCUGCUGCGCCCCUUCCUGCACUUGCCCGGCCCCGCCAGGAGGGGGCGCGCCAAAGCCCAGCCCAUUGUCAGUUGUAGCCGCCUCCGAGAAAUUCAAAGCAUCCUGACCCAGAGCAGCAAAUCCCAACCAGAUGGAAUCCUGUGCAUUUUGGGAAUUGACAGCCGAUACAACGAAGGCUGCCGGGAACUGGCCAACUAUCUCCUCUUUGGCUUGUACAACCAGAACAACAACGAAUUUGAGCGCUCAGGGUUUCCUGAAGAAGUCCUUGAUGAUGUGAUCCUACUAAUUAAGCCAGACAGCGUCCACCUGUACUGCAACCCUGUCAACUACAACUACCUUUUGCCAUAUGUAGCCUUUUGGAGGAACUUGCAUUUCCAUUGCCUGACUGAAAACGAGUAUGAAGAUGAAGAGGCUGCUGAGGAAUUCAAAAUUUCCAGCUUUGUCGACAUGGUUCGCGACUGCAGCCGAAUCGGCAUCCCCUUUAGCUCUCAAGGUCACCUUCAGAUCUUUGACAUGUUUGUGGUUGAGAAGUGGCCUAUCGUACAAGCCUUUGCCCUGGAAGGAAUAGGCGGAGAUGGGUUCUUUACCAUGAAAUACGAGUUAAUGGAUGUCAGUGUGGAUUUGUGGAGGACUUACAGCAGAAUGGAUCCCGUCUCCUUGGAAAGUUUGCUCUAUGAGGAUUUGAUGACUUUUGAACAUCAGUGGACCAACUUCUUUGCCAAUUUCGACACAGAAAUCCCUUUCAUCCUGGAGCUGUCAGAGUCUCAAGCGGGGGAGCCAUUCCGCAGUUACUUUAGUCAUGGGAUGAUCUCAAGCCAUAUUACAGACAACAGCCCCAGCAGGCAGCCCUUCGUCCUGUUUGGCACCCAUGCCUCCAAGGAGAACCUCAACUCGGCCAACUUCAACUUCCCUUCGGAGGGGCAUCUUCUUCGCAACACAGGCCACGGCGGGAGCACGGCCAAGCACAUGGUAGUGCAGUGUGUCUCUCCCAAAGGACCUCUGGCUUGCUCAAGGACGUAUUUCUUUGGAGCAACUCACACUCCUUACCUGGGCAACGAUAAUGAAGUGGAAAAGAAAGGUGAACAAGUUAAGCUUCUGUCUCAGAUCUAUGCUGCUGUUGUCGAAGCUGUCCUGGCUGGUAUAGACUCCUAUUCAAAAACAUCCAGUGCCAGUAAGGCGAAGGAAGUAGCAGAAGAAACGUUCUCCAAUAUGCUUGAUGCCUUUCAACUUACAUAUUUUAAAGUCCCGCUGCGCGCCAGAACAGACUUUCGGAUUCAAGCUGUGAACAACCAUGGAAGGAUUAUUCCACUGGAUAAUGAGGAUAGUCUCUGUUUAGUGAAAACGGUCUCCAUGACUAUAUACGACAUUCCAGACUUACUGGGUGGAAGGGGCUGCCUGGGAUCGGUUGUCUUCUCAGAAUCCUUCCUGGUGUCACAGAUCCUUGUGAAGGAAAAAGAUGGCAGCAUCAGCACAGAAACCAGCUGCAUCGUUCUCACCGCAGCCAUCCCGAGGUCCGUUUCUUGGCUGGUUGAAGAUAAUGAAGUGAAGCUUUCAGAGAAGGCCCAGCAAAUCUUGAAGCAAGAAGAAUCUUUCCUGGGUGUUCUCUUGAUGGGAGGUGAUGGUGCCUAUAUUGCUUCUAGCAACUCGCUGUGUCGACCGGAGGAAGGGAAGCUCUACUUCUUCUCCGAGGGCCUUCUCUUCUGCCAUCCCCACUAUGGAAGCAUCCCCAUCUCCAAGACCCACAUGACGUCCAUCAGGUUCUACGAUGGAGAUUCCACCAGCGUUGUGGCCGCUCUCCUCAUAGAUUACAAAAGCUCCCUGCUUCCUCACUUGCCCAUCCAGCUCCACACCCCGAGCAACUCGCUGAUGAUCGCCCUUUUCCCGAAGUCAAGCCUUUACAAAGCGUUCUACGCAGAGGUUUCCUCUGUCUGGCAGCAACGAGGGACUUCAGGAACAACUUUGAAGAUGACCCAAGGCGAUUCCCUUCCUGCAGAACAGGAGAGAUUGCAUUCCAACAUGCAGAAACUGUUUGAUGCCUUGACCUGUCCUCCUGGGGAAAAAUGGAACCAGCUAAGAAUAUCCACAAGCCUUCCAGAUUUGGACAGAUUUCAGCAGCACUUUACAGUCAGCAGCGUAAGUCGUGAGCCAGUGCUGAGAGCUCAUCUCCCGACUUUGCUGCAAGAAUCACAAACCAUUCCUGAUAACGAUGCCGAGAAUGAUAAGGUGGUGAUCACCAUCUUGACGGGUCUUCCAGGCUGUCGCUCAGGUGACCUCGCUUCUUUCUUGGUCACCUUUAACAAAGAAUAUGGAAGGUGGCUCAUUUAUCGCCAGACCAUGGACAGCCCUGAGUGUUUCAGUGCCGCUCACUUCCAGAAAUACCUGUCCGGCGUUCUCGAAUCCCAGCACAACCGCAGCAGCCGGCUCUCCUUUUACGGCAGGCAGAAAACAAGGCUGCUGCUGGUCCUGCAAGGAUACACAGAUGUGAUUGACGUAGUGCAGGCCCUCCAGACGCACCCCGAUGCGGACGUCAAGGCCGCCUUUGUCGUCGGAGCCGUCACGACUUGCGUGGAGCCGCUGAGUUGCUACAUGGAACACAGGUUUCUCUUCCCCAAGUUCCUGGACCAGUGCUCACAAGGUCUGGUGAGCAACGUCGUCUUCACAAGCCACACCUCUGAGCAAAGAAACCCGCUUCUUGUUCAGCUCCAGAACCUCAUACGAGCUUCAAAUCCCGCCGUUUCAUUUAUCCUGGCUGAAAAUGGGGUUGUGACAAGGAAUGAAGACAUUGAGCUCAUUCUCUCCGAAAGCAGUUUCUCAAGCCCGCAGAUGCUGACAACUCGCUACUUAACAUUUCCUGGUUGGUACGAUGGCAAAUUUCGUGCCGGUUCCGUCUAUCCUCCGAUGGUUCAGAUCUGCGUGUGGUUCAACCGCCCUUUGGAGAAGACACGAUUCGUGGCCAAAUGCAAAGCUCUGAAGUCCUUCAAUAAGUCCAGCCCUUUCUCCGGAAACAUCUACCACAUCUUGGGCAAAUUGAAGUUUUCAGAUUCAGAUCGGAUGAUGGAGGUGUGCCACAACACGCCCGCGAACUCCUUAAGCCUGGCACCUGUUCAGGAAGCCCCGUCUCCUCCCGAUUCGAGAAACGACGACCGAGACCAUCAUAGCGGUCCCCAGGAAUGCUUCCUGGUGUUUAUUGGCUGCUCCCUCAAAGAAGAUGAGAUCAAGGAUUGGCUCAGGCAGACGGCCAAGCAGAAACCACAGAGAAAAGUUUUGAAAACCAGGAGCAUGCUGACCUCACAGGAAAUCAAGAACAUUCAUGUUAAACGCCACUUAGACCCUCUUCCAGCUGGCUACUUCUAUAAUGGGAUCCAGUAUGUGAACUUCUUUGGAGACAAGAUGGAUUAUCACCCACUAAUGGACCAAUUCAUGAAUGACUACUUGGAGGAAGCAAACCGUGAGAUUGAAAAAUACAACAGAGAGUUGGAUGAACAGGAGCACCACGACCUCUUCGAACAGAAAAUUUAAGUGAAACCCCGCUUCAGUGGUAUUAAAAAGGCACAGGACCGUUACAUUCUGAACUGUUAAUGACCAAGAAAAACUACGUCCUUGCUGGCUUAAAGAAACAUUUAGAGGUCUAUUUUCAACUGUUUUUUUAAAAAAAAAUAUUUAUGCAUGAAAGGUUUUUAUCGUUAAAGAAAAAAAUCUUAUCACCAUCCUAGCAGCAUUUAAGUGCCACUGUGUUUCCACGUCAGCGGAGUUUUAUAAUCUUGGGCUUAUAAGAGGAAAUAUGUUGUUACAUUUUAUAUUUCAGUCAUGUAGAGAGCUGUACAUCCUGUGCUGAGAAGCUGGCCUUGAGGGUGAUUCUUCUGAUGUCCCACAAUUGGCCUUUAUUGUGUUAGGAAGUAAGGGGAAAUAUGUUCAUGGCUGUUGUAGACUUGUGUGUUCCCUAAAACAAGAAACAAGGGAAAACGCAUCCUCUUGAGAAUUAUACCUUCCUCACAUGAUACCUUACUCGUAGCGAUGGUCCAUAAGGCAAAUCACUUGAGAACUACUUGUAGGUAACAUGUUGGCUUUGAGGGUGUUCCUAAAGCGAGAAAUGGGGGAACACAUCUGCUCUUGAGUUCUUCUUAACCAACAUGUUGGCUUUGAAGGUGUUCCUAAAGUGAGAAAUGGGGGAACACGUCUGCUCUUGAGUUCUUCUUAACCAACAUCUAAGCUUUGAAGGUAUUCCUAAAGCAAGAAAUGGGGGGGACACAACUGUUCUUGAGUUCUUCUUAACCAACAUGUAGGGGUUGAAGUUGUUCCUAAAGCGAGAAAUGUGGGAACACGUCUGCUCUUGAGCUCUUCUUAACUAACAUACAAGCUUUAAAGGUGUUCCUAAAGCGAGAAAUGGGGGAACACAUCUGCUCUUGAGUUCUUCUUAACCAACAUGAUGGCUUUGAAGGUGUUCCUAAAGCGAGAAAUGGGGGAACACAACUGCUCUUGAGUUCUUCUUAACCAACAUGGUGGCUUUGAAGGUGUUCCUAAAGCGAGAAAUGGGGGAACACAAUUGCUCUUGAGUUCUUCUUAACCAACAUGUUGGCUUUGAAAGUGUUCCUAAAGCGAGAAAUGGGGGAACACGUCUGCUCUUGAGUUCUUCUCAACCAACAUGUUGGCUUUGAAGGUGUUCCUAAAAUGAGAAAUGGGGGAACACGUCUGCUCUUGAGUUCUUCUCAACCAACAUGUUGGCUUUGAAGGUGUUCCUAAAGCGAGAAAUGGGGGAACACAACUGCUCUUGAGUUCUUCUUAACCAACAUGAUGGCUUUGAAGGUGUUCCUAAAGCGAGAAAUGGGGGAACACGUCUGCUCUUGAGUUCUUCUCAACCAACAUGUUGGCUUUGAAGGUGUUCUUAAAGCGAGAAAUGGGGGAACACGUCUGCUCUUGAGGUCUUCUUAACUAGUAUGUUGGGUGUGAAGGUGUUCCUAAAGUGAGAAAUGGGGGAACACAUUUACUCUUGAGCUCUUCUUAACCAGUAUGUUGGCUUUGAAGGUAUUCCUAAAGCGAGAAAUGGGAGAACACAUCUGCUCUUGUGUUCUUCUUAACCAACAUGUAGGGGUUGAAGGUGUUCCUAAAGCGAGAAAUGUGGGAACACAUCUGCUCUUGAGUUCUUCUUAACCAACAUCUAAGCUUUAAAGGUGUUCCUUAAGCGAGAAAUGGGGGAACACAUCUGCUCUUGAGUUCUUCUCAACCAACAUGUUGGCUUUGAAGGUGUUCCUAAAGCGAGAAAUGGGGGAACACGUCUGCUCUUGAGUUCUUCUCAACCAACAUGUUGGUUUUGAAGGUGUUCCUAAAGCGAGAAAUGGGGGAACACGUCUGCUCUUGAGUUCUUCUCAACCAACAUGUCGGCUUUGAAGGUGUUCCUAAAGCGAGAAAUGGGGGAACACAUCUGCUCUUGAGUUCUUCUCAACCAACAUGUUGGCUUUGAAGGUGUUCCUAAAGCGAGAAAUGGGGGAACACGUCUGCUCUUGAGUUCUUCUCAACCAACAUGUUGGCUUUGAAGGUGUUCCUAAAGCGAGAAAUGGGGGAACACGUCUGCUCUUGAGUUCUUCUCAACCAACAUGUUGGCUUUGAAGGUGUUCCUAAAGCGAGAAAUGGGGGAACACGUCUGCUCUUGAGCUCUUCUUAACCAGAAUGUUGGGUUUGAAGGUGUUCCUAAAGUGAGAAAUGGGGGACACUUCUGCUCUUGAGUUUUUUUAGCCAACAUGUUGUCUUGGAAGGUGUUGCUAAAGUGAGAAGUGGGGGAACACGUCUGCUCUUGAGUUCUUCUUAACCAACAUGUUGGCUUUGAAGGUGUUCCUAAAGCGAGAAAUGGGGUAACACGUCUGCUCUUGAGCUCUUCUUAACCAGUAUGUUGGGUUUGAAGGUGUUCCUAAAGCGAGAAAUGGGGGAACACUUCUGCUCUUGAGUUCUUCUCAACCAACAUGUUGUCUUGGAAGGUGUUCCUAAAGCGAGAAAUGGGGGAACACAUCUGCUCUUGAGUUCUUCUCAACCAACAUGUUGGCUUUGAAGGUGUUCCUAAAGCGAGAAAUGGGGGAACACGUCUGCUCUUGAGUUCUUCUCAACCAACAUGUUGGCUUUGAAGGUGUUCCUAAAGCGAGAAAUGGGGGAACACAUCUGCUCUUGAGCUCUUCUUAACCAGUAUGUUGGGUUUGAAGGUGUUCCUAAAGCGAGAAAUGGGGGAACACUUCUGUUCUUGAGUUUUUUUAGCCAACAUGUUGUCUUGGAAGGUGUUGCUAAAGUGAGAAGUGGGGGAACACGUCUGCUCUUGGGUUCUUCUUAACCAACAUGUUGGCUUUAAAAGUGUUCCUAAAGCGAGAAAUGGGGGAACACAUCUGCUCUUGAGUUGUUCUUAACCAACAUGUUGGCUUUGAAGGUGUUCCUAAAGUGAUAAUUGGGAGAACACAUCUGUUCUUGAGAAUUAUUUGUAACCAACAUGAUGGUUUGGCAUCUUGUUCCUCUUACAAGAAAUCUGAGAACAUGUGUAAAAGUAUAUUGUGGUUGACAUGUCUAGAACAUCAUUUUAAAAGGAAGUGUUAUACUAAUAUAAAAUAUUUCACAAGAUGAGCAGAGUUAGAUUCCACUUCUUUUUCAAAAAUAAUGUCUCCCCAGGUUAGGAUUCUACAUGGUACAGCUUAGUUUUUGAAUGUUUUCACGUGGCUCUAUAAUGCCUGUAAUGCUUUUCCUUUAAAAAAAAUUAAGGCUAAGUUACUUUAUCACUCCAUAGGAUUCUUAAUAGGGUUAAAAUUGUUACCUUCGAUAGUGUAAGCCAGCUAUUUGUAACUUUAAGUAGUUUAAGAUUUCUGUGGGGGUCGUAAUGCCCAUUAUUACAGGUAAUAGAGCGUCCUUUUGAGGACCGUGGAUUUAUCUAUGCAUGGUUGUACCUUAGUUAAUUAAAAAAUUAAUACUGAUAGUGCCUGGUAGGAGAAAUGUAGCUAGCAAUUAAUUUUGAAGGAGCAAUUGGCGUGCAGGGGUUACGUCAGUUUGGCCAUAAUGUGGAAAUACUAGGAGGCCAAGUUUUAAUGUGGCUUCAUGUUGUCUUGCCUGAUCUUGCUCUGAACAUUCUCGAGCAACAACUCAACUGCAAGCUUCUCAUCCAGAGGUAGCCUUCUUCAAGAAGGUCCCAUAGGAACUUCUGUUGGAAGGAGGACUCUGUGCAUAUUCAGAAUGCUCUUUUUUGGCCAGGGAUAGAAUAUUAUCCUUCUAGAAGUAAGACUUGCUAGCUGAGAAUAAUCCCUGCAGUUGUGCUCAUUUCGGAAGGUGGCUGGCAGGCAGCCCAUUCCAGCUUGGUGCUUUUGGUUUCGCUUCUUGAAAGUCUAAAUUUUCUGCUUAUGGUCACCCUCUUGAUUUGCGUUAAAUCUGAGGGAAACUGAUCAAUUGCUGACAUUUUACCAGGAGCUCCAUACGUAGUUCUGGAUAGCACUUCGCUCAAAGCACAGUCAAAUUCCAAAGAGAAUAUCUCUCUCAAUCAAAGAAGCACUCAAAAUUAUUUCUGGAGGUAUCCAGAAGGGUAUAAAAUGUCCAAAACUACUAAGGAGAUCUAUCCAGAGCUCUCUGGAAAGGUAAAAUGUCUAAACCUUUUUGGUAUGGUCCACCAGGAACAUGACCUGUGGCUCCAAUUGUUGUGGGUUCCUGGUGGGUCAUUCUGAGAUAUUAUGGCUGUUCUUUUUUUCCCAGCCUUUGUGAUUUAGUGGAAACCCCGAUUGCUCCUUUUCUUAGCGUAGAUUGUCUCAUGAUCUGCAAAAGCCAUAUAUAUUUAGGAAUAAUCGCAUUGCUACACAGCACCUAGGAGUUGAGAGAAAGCGGCACUCGGUUUGCCUCCUUUGCCUCAGCUUCUUCGUCGAUAGACGAGAUAGAUUUUAAGUGCAAUUGUUAUUAAAAUAGGUGAAGAGAUUGUAGCUUACUUAGCUCUGCAAAGCUCUGAUGCCGACAAAAAUGGGAACUGCAAUCUGCGCAGAUUCUGAAAAUUAGGCGGAGGAGGGUUGAUUAAAGCAAGGUCUUUUUUCAGCCAAAGAAAAAUUGCUUGUGUGAAGGUCAUAUGCCGCUGGGUGCAUAAUCAUGGGCUGCCUCCGCAACUUGCUUUUGUAUUAUACUGUCUGACAGAUACAGUCCUACCAGAACAUGCUCUGAUUCGAGCGUCACCUUGUGAGACUCAGUGGCUUUCAACACAGAUUCGUCAUAAUUUUUUUUUUUUGCCACUCUGGUCUCACCAGGUUGUGCCGAAAAAUGGCCAAAACCUCAUCUUGAGUCUCUGCAUGGGGAUGGUUCUCAGUAGGGCAAAAUCUGUCAAGCAGAAUGAUCCAAAGCAGCCCUUUACUUGGGUCCGACAGCAUCUUGAGUCAAUUAAGAAGACCAUUGUCCUAAACUAACUUGCAUGAUGGAGUCUGCAGAAGCAACUGCGGAGCUCCACAGUUUCUCAAGGUGUUUCCUGGGGCAGCAAAUUGGUCACUCAAAGAGCUGCCACAAUUGUGUCCCACGAGGUUCCAUGGCCCAAAAGGUUUCUUUUGGAAAAAAUGACCAGAACCACAUCCAUCACGAGCUUCUAUAUGGGAAUGACUCCCAGUAGAGUGAAAUCUGCCACGUAGGGUGCUCCAAAGCUGACUUUAUCCAGCAACUGCAGGACCAUACGCUGUGGUUUCACGUUCACGAGCUCCUUUUUGACUUCCAUUUGGAGGGCAGAAGGAGCAUCAUUGUGGUCCUUGCCAACAGGUUCAGGUCAUUGCAGAACAUCUUCUCUCUGUUACAUAGGCCGGUAGGAAGCAUCUUGAGUCAAUUAAGAAGACCAUCACCCUAAACUAGCUUGGAUUGUGGAGUCUUCAGAGCUGCCUGCAAAGCUCACAAUCUCCCAAGAUGUUUCCUGAGACACCAAAUUGGGCGCUCAGAUUGCUACCACGAGAGCAUGCCCAGGAGGCCCAAUGGCCUCCUAUGGAAGCCCUUCAGGCUAUGAGUUGUAAUUCGGCCACGAGACUCAAACACAUCCGCCUCAAAUCUAGUUUGGUUCCAAAGAUGAGCCAGAGUUUUAGCAGAGUGCUGUAGCCAAGGCAUGGUAGAGAGAAUUAUAUGCUGUACUGCAUGCUAAGUGAGAAUAAUAACCAUGUUAUAUACUAUGAAGGCCUUUCACCAUCUUGGUACAUCUUCAACGUAUUCUAUUUUGGUAUAGACCGUUCUUUUCAUUACCUCAACUGUGCUAAUGUUGAACUGUGAUUUUCUGUUCUUCUUCUUUUUUUUUAAUCUGAAUGGGAAUGGGGGGCAGGAGGGGAAUAAAAUAGCCAAAAUAUUGAAACUGUGACAGUAGGAUCCUGUUCAAGACAUAUUAGUAGUGCCUUGUCUCUGGCGCCAUCGAGAAGGCGACAAAAUUUGUGCCGGCGGAUGGCGCCAUGGUUCCUAACGCUUGCACCCUCUUUUGAAGGGAGGAAACCAUUUUGGUGAAAGGACUCUUCUUUUAGCGAAGAAUAUUUAGCACACAUGGUUAAGUUCUGUUUUUGUUGUGUCUUUUAAUAAUAAUAAUAAACUCUUUGAGGACUAAAAGAAAAUGGAGAAAUACUUGAUCUUGUCAGUUUUUUGGAGACAAUUGCCGAUUUAAUUUAGGAAUUGCUUCAAUGAACUGGCAGCAUUUUUAUAAGUGGGUAGGCGGGUGGGGAGGGUCUACUUCCUUUUUUACAAGAAGGGGGAAACUUACAUUGCUGAUAAUAAAUAUCUAGUUUUGAAAAUUUUAAGCUACUGUAAAAGCUCAAGAAAAGCACCGUUUCUAGCUGCAGAUAUUCCAAAUCAGAAGUGCCAUUAACACUGUUCUUCUCACUGUUGUCGUGGGGCGAAAACGGCAACAGUGCCAAGAAUGGGGCCUCCCGUGUCUUUUGCGGAAGCGCCCAAAAGGAGUCCUCAAGGGGUUUUCUGUGCUUGCUGACCUUCCCAUUAGCAGCCUGUGUGGUUUCGUAUCACCUGAGAAUGAGUGUGGUCAGAAGUCGCUGAAGUUAUAUGGUGGGGUGGGAGGGGGGAGGGAGGGAAUUAAGGGGUGAUGAUAAACUUCAGAAAGAACACUAGCAACCCAAAAUCGUGCUAUUUGGACUGAUGUUCAGCCAACAUGGGUGGUUCCAUAUUCUCUUGGACCUAGCUCAGCUUACUGCGUUGACACCAAAUCCAAGGAGUUGAGUUGGUGACUUAUGGCAGGCUCCAUUGCCACCAAAUCCAACAAAUUGAGUUGGUGACUCAUGGAACGCUCCAUCGAACAGGUUGAGUUGGCUUCUCAUGGAGGGCUCCAUUGAUACCAAACCCAACAAAGUGAGUUGGUGACUCAUUGAGAGUUCCAUUGAUACCAUAUCUAACAAGUUGAGUUGGUUAUUCAUGGAGUUCUGCAUGGAACAAGUUGAGUUGGUUACUCAUGGAGUGCUCUAUAGACACCAAAUCCAACAAAGUGAGUUGGUGACUUGUGGAGAGCUCCAUUGACACAAAUCCAACCAGUUGAGUUGGUGACCCAUGGAGGCCUCCAUGUUGUCAUGUAACAUCUAGUUCCGCCAUCAGCUCAGGAUGUGGGGCACAAGGGUCUUCUACAACUCCCAAGUUAUGGAAGAGAACACCCUUCAAUGUUUUAUGCUUUGGGGUUAAUUUUCCCUACAGUGUCCCUAUAGAAUGCCUGUGGUGGCAGUUUAGAUUAGCGUGUGGUUGGUUCAGUGUUCUCUAUGUACUUUUUCUUCUCAGAUUCUUGUUUUUCUGAAUUUUGCACAGCGAAUAAGCUCUGGAAUACCAUCGGGUGUCCUUGAAAGGGAAAAUCGUAACUAGCAUAGAGUGAGGAGAAAAAAAAACGUAAACUGUGAGUUGUUAGAAGCUGCGUUGCUAAAUCUAAGUUUUAGAUGGUUAAAAGUGUACCUCAGAAAACUAGUAAGAAAUUGCUUUGUCCUUUACCCGGUUGUGAAAGGCUCACGUAACCGUUUCUUUUUUUUGUUCUUUAACCAGGUGCCAAAAUUAAUUUUUUUCCUACUAGUUUUCAACAUGUUCAUCUUUGGGCAACGUUCUGUAAAAUGUGUUAUUUUUUACAAACUCUACUGUAACUUCAGUUAAACUGAAAUGUGUGAUUGAAGCUUUUUUGCUUAUUUGUAUUUAUUACACUACUUGAUUCAGUAAAUAUAUAAAAGUACCUUUCCCUUUAUUUUUGUAUUAUUUUACACAUUUAUACCUGCUGUUUGUGAUUAUUAUUUUUUACACCUGUAACUUGGAUGCAAUUCUAAAAACCAAUAAAUUAUAUCCAUCUGUUGACUUUC